AGCCAUUCCUGUUCCUGCAUGCCUAGCGAUAAGCUUAACCUUGAUUCUUUCGACUGGUUUGGGGCUUGCGGCCUGGUUGGAAUCGCGGCUGCCGACCUGCAAACUGCAAACUGCGCAUCGCCUCUCAUCCCCAGAACUUUUUGUUCUUGUUGUGGAGUGGUUCACUGCCUUCCUUCCUACCACCCCUCUCCAGCAACUGCGUUCGCUUCUUCAGGACAGCCUGACGGCUCUCCAAAAUCCUCCUUUCCCUCUCACCUCCGCGUCAUGGUCCAGCGUGUCGAGACGAUCAUGAACGGAACCACUCGCGUUAACGGCAUCAAUGGCCAUUCUAAAGACUCAUCCGCCUCGAGAUCCCUACGCAAGUCCUCUUCUCCCAUGGCUCCGGCUUUCAUGACCUCUGCUCCGGGAAAGGUCAUUGUCUUUGGCGAACAUGCUGUCGUUCACGGAAAAGCUGCAAUGGCUGCAGCCAUCUCUCUAAGAUCAUACCUCCUUGUUACUACUCUCUCAAAAUCGCAACGCACGAUCACCCUGGUAUUUCCGGACAUUGGACUCGAUCAUACUUGGAAUAUCGAAGACCUACCAUGGCAUGUUUUCAGCAAGACCACGCGGAAACCUCGGUACUAUGAUAUGGUCACCACACUUGAUACCGCAGUAGUUGAAGCGAUGCAACCAAACAUUGAAGAAGUGUCUCCUCAUCUCGGUCCAGAAAAGAGAAAACGCCACCAGUCAGCAGCGUCUGCUUUUCUGUAUUUGUUUCUAUGCUUGAGCAGCCCUACCGCUCCUGCCUGCAUAUACACCCUUCGGUCCACUCUACCCAUUGGCGCAGGGCUAGGAUCUAGCGCCAGCAUAUGCGUUUGUAUCAGCGCUGCCCUUCUCAAACAAAUACAUGUUUUGUCAGGGCCACAUCACGAUCAGCCAGAGGAAGAAGUUGAUGUACAGCUGGAAAGAAUAAACAAGUGGGCGUUUGUGGGAGAGCUUUGUAUUCACGGAAAUCCUAGCGGAGUGGACAACACUGUUGCAACGAGGGGAAGAGCCGUGCUUUUUAGAAGAGUUGAUUAUUCGAAGCCACCCACUGCCACGCCAGUGAAAGAUUUUCCAGAACUUCCCCUCCUCUUAGUCAACACAAAACAGCCUCGUUCGACUCUCACUGAGGUUGCCAAGGUUGGCGCCAUGAAGAAGAAGUACCCUGCCGUUACUGAGGCUGCCCUUGACAGCAUCGACGCAGUGACAAUGUCGGCACAUUCGCUGAUCACGUCGGACGACUUCGAUCCUACGUCGGAGCAGAAUAUCGAACAUCUCGGAGAUCUCUUCAGAAUCAAUCAUGGCCUCUUGGUCUCACUGGGCGUGUCACACCCCAAACUAGAGCAUAUCCGUGAGUUGGUCGACUACGCCGGUAUUGGCUGGACAAAGCUCACAGGCGCUGGAGGAGGUGGAUGUGCCAUUACACUGCUCAAGCGAGGCGUAGACAGUGAGGCUCUUCUGGAUCUGCAGCGGAAAUUCGAAAAGGCAGGGUUUGAGGAAUACAAGACUACACUUGGUGGUAGUGGCGUCGGGGUUCUUUAUCCUGCCGUCCUACACAACGGUUCGGAGGAAGAAGGAGGCGAUGAAAUCGACCAGCAGAAGUUCCUUAACGCUCAAGGAGAGGAAGGAAUUGAAAAGUUGGUCGGUGUAGGUCUCCUCGAACGAAGACCGGAAUGGAAAUUUUGGCAGUGAAGGAAUCUGGCUGCAUCUCAUGGUUGUCUGACAAGCGGCGGCGCUCUGGCAUGCAUCGAAGAACCCUGUAAUGGCUCUCUCUGUUUGGAAGCGAUCAAAAGGUUGAUGUAUCAAUAUGAAUUUCAGUAUUAGGGCUUACAGGUACUCCGUAUCCCACCAUCGAUUUGAUGGCUACCGAGCAAAUGUAAUGGCGCGUCACGUGCACAUGGC